AUGGCGGAAGCCGAUGACUCGGUUAGUCUAAGACAAGCGCUCCAAGCACAGCAGCAGAUCCUGCAUAACCUCUACCGCGAGCUAGACGCAGAGAGGGAAGCCGCUGCAACUGCAACUAGUGAAACCAUGUCCAUGAUCCUGCGCUUGCAAGGGGAGAAGUCUGUGCUGAAGAUGGAAGCGAAUCAGUACAAGAGAAUGGCGGAGGAGAAGAUGUGUCAUGCUGAAGAGGCACUGGCAUUGUGCGAGGAUCUCAUGUUUCAGAAGGAGAUGGAGAUUGCUUCCCUUCAGUUCCAGCUUCAGUCGUACAGAAACAGGCUUGUCGGCAUGGGACUUAGUGAUGAACCAGUACAACUGUUGUCUCACAAAAGUGAUACUCUAUUGGUGGAAAAAGUUGUUCAUGGUAAUGCGAGGAGGCUCAACUCCUUGCCUCCGUGGAAAGUUGGGUUUGAUAGAGACCAAGAUGGUACCACUGCUAGAACAGUUGAUGAGGGAGCUGAAUUCAGAGAGAGUUGUGAGCCAGAGAAGAAAUCAGUUGUAGCUCUGAGUGGUGGAGAUGUAAAUUCGUACUGGGAAAAGAUCAGAAAAAGAUUGGACGAACGACUGAAAGAGAUCCCCAGUAGAAGCAGAGAUCAUGAAGAAAUCAAGCCUACAAUUUGGAGAGGUGGAACUUGGACUCCUUCAUUAUAUUCACAACUAGGAGAAGGAAAGUGUAUUGUCAACGAGCAAGUAAAGACAGUGUUGCAUAGUUCAAGCAAUGAGAAGAAAGCUUCGAAAGAUCCACCUGUUGAUGAUCAGCAUGGUUUGCCUCCUCCUCAUCCUCCUGAUACUGCUGCUCUAUCAUUGGUUUCUGCGACCGAGUACAAGAAGCUGAUGCGAAGAAUCGAGAGGCUCGAGAGGGAGUGGAACACUGGUGAAAGACAACAGGAGAUUGUUUCUUGUGGAGGGCCAACAGGAGAGGUUGAAGAAACGCAUCUGUUGAAGGCGAUUCAAGAGCAACUGAGUGGAAUACAUAGUGAACUGAGAAGCACAAAAGCUGACAGAAUUCCAGACGAUGAACCAUGCCUUGACGUUCUCCAGGAGGUCACUUCUGGACGGGUCGGGCUGGUGGGUUGGUUCAAAACUUCCUACCCCUUCACUGGAAAUGCUGGCUAAUGAUGGGUUGUUUCUAUGUGUGCACAGGCAAUGCUGUACUUCUGGCUAUAAAGCAAUCAAAACAGACUUCCAUACAUACACCAUUGCUGUUUGCUGUGACUAUAAGUUUCUGGUGAGAAAGUAGGUUUAGUGAAGAAGAUAACGAUACAAGGGGAGGAUGAUGAUGGUCAAAUUUCCCCCCAUACAGAAGGCAUUAACUUUUGUAAAUGAUUAUCAGGUUAUAUGACUGAGUUCGUGUGGUUUUGGGUUGUUGAUUGUAAAAGAGGUGGUGCAUGUUCUCUAUAGGGAUUUGGCACCAUUGGUUUGUACAGCAGUUGUUUGGUAAUGAAAUGUGAGGUUCUUUUUACAACCUUC